AUGGCCGCAAAAGGCGAGGGGCCUGCAAUCGGGAUUGAUUUGGGGACGACCUACUCAUGCGUGGGCGUGUGGCACCACGACCGUGUCGAGAUCAUAGCCAAUGAUCAAGGUAAUCGCACGACACCGUCAUAUGUCGCUUUCGCCGACGGGGAGCGUCUCAUUGGCGAAGCCGCCAUGAACCAGGCCGGCAUGAAUCCCGCAAACACAGUCUUUGAUGCCAAGCGGCUGAUCGGGAGACGAUACAGUGACGCCUCUGUGCAGGCCGACAUAAAGCUGUGGCCGUUCAAGGUUGUCCCGGGCCCCACCAACAAGCCCAUGAUUGUGGUCUCUUACAAGGGCGAGGAGAAGCAGUUCCCCCCUGAGGAGAUAUCGUCUAUGGUCCUCACCAAGAUGGCCGCCAUUGCUGACUCCUUUCUGGGACCCACCCCCAUUCGGGAUGCUGUCAUUACCGUCCCAGCCUACUUUAGUGACUCUCAGAGACAGGGCACCAAGGAUGCUGGUGCCAUUGCCGGCCUCAAUGUCAUCCGCAUCAUCAACGAGCCAACUGCCGCCGCCAUUGCCUAUGGCCUCGAUUACAAGGCAGCUGCUGUCGCCUGGGGAGAGAAGAAAAAUGUGUUUGUCUUCGACUUAGGCGGUGGCACCUGUGAUGUCUCCCUCCUCACGAUCGAUAAGGGUACCUUCAAGGUGAGGGCCACCGCUGGCGACACCCACCUUGGCGGGGAGGAUUUCGACAACCGCAUUGUCACUCACUUCGCCGCCGAGUUUCAGCGUAAGUACGGCAAGGACCUCUCUGAAAACCCCCGAGCCCUACGGAGGCUGAGGACAGCCAGCGAGAGGGCAAAGAGGAUUCUAUCGACCAACACUGAGACCACUGUGGACAUAGAGUAUCUACACGAGGGCAUUGAUUUCCAGUCUAGUAUUAGCCGUGCUAAAUUUGAGGAUCUCAACAUGGACCUGUUUGAAAAGUGCGUCAAGCCCGUCGAGAGAUGCCUGAGAGACGCUGGGAUGAACAAGACUGCCAUCCAUGAUGUCAUCCUGGUUGGAGGCUCGACCAGAAUUCCCAAGGUUCAGAAGAUGCUGCAGUUUAUUUUCGAGGGAAAGGAGCUUUGCAGGAGAAUUAACCCAGAUGAGGCCGUGGCGUACGGGGCCGCCGUGCAGGCAGCUAUCUUAAGUGGCGUAGGGGACAACAAGGUGCGAGACCUCGUCCUCCUUGAUGUGACCCCUCUCUCCCUAGGAGUGCAAAUUAUCGGGGAGGUCAUGUGUGUUGUGGUCCCGCGGAACACAAGUAUCCCCACCCAGAAGAAUUAUGUAAUCACAACGACUGUCGAUAACCAGACAACUAUUAAUUUCCGUGUCUAUGAGGGCGAACGGGCAAGGUCAACAGACAACAACCUGCUCGGGAAGUUCAAGCUGAAUGGAAUCCCACCUGCGCCGAGGCGCGUGAAAAAGGUGGACGUGUGCUUUGAAAUCGAUGCCAAUGGGAUACUGAGUGUGUCGGCCAAAGAGAGGUCGACGGGCAAGAUGAAUGGGAUCACUAUAACCAACGAAGAAGGGAGGCUGUCGAGAGAGGAGAUUGAUAGGAUAGUGUGGGAUGCCGCGAGGUACAAGGAGGAGGACGAAGAGUUUAAGAGGAGAGCCAAAGCCAGGAGCAGCCUUGAGAAUUACUCUUAUAAUGUGAGGAACACGGUUAGGGCCGCAGCUGGGCUGGCGGAGGCUGACAGGACAAUAGUAGAGGAUGCGGCUGUGUCGGUUAUUGAGUGGGUAGAGGAGAAUCGGAUGAAGGACAGUGUGGAUGAAAUCAACAAUAAGAUGAGGGAGCUAGAGCUCAUUUGCAGCCCUAUCAUUAAAGUUGAUAUGGAGUUCGGUGGAUUCUAA